AAGCCAAUGGAGAUUAAUAAAGCUUAUUGAUUUUAAAUUUUUAGCUCAAGUGUUUUUUCAGAUUAUUUGAAUUAUGAAUGAUAAUGAAUUGUAUCACACUUUGAACUUCAUAAUUUCAACAUUUUAUAAGUAAUUUUCAAAACUGCUCACUUCAACGACGCUACUUUCGAAUCAAUCACAUGCAUAAUAAGUUUUGAUAUUAUUCUGACUGGUUUUCACUCUGAAUUUUCAAUGAGUGGUGAACUUUAGAUUCAACCAUAAAUUAUUUAACCUUCAAUCUUGAGAUUCAUUUUGAACUGGAUUCUAUUCAUUAAGAUUUCAGUCAUCAGUGGAUUCACUGGACAAUAUUAUAAUAUUGUUGACAGUUGACACAGAUCACGUCUUCUUUGGAAGUGAAAUCGAAUUGAACUUUUUUACAGGGAAUCUUGAAUUUAAUAUUGCUCUUUAAAUUAUGUCAAAAUUGAUUCAACUCGUACUUGGAUUUCGAUCAAGUAAUGUCGAUGAUGCUGUAGUAAUCAAAGAUAUGAAACGACUUGAGUCGUUUUGUGUAGCAUUUAAUAUUUUACCAAAUGGGUUUGCUCAAGAUGCAAGUGUAACACCAUCGAAAUGGACUAUAGUAAAAUCCAUCAUUUAUUUUUGUAUAAUAUUCGCCAAUAUCGGCCAUUUAGUAUUGUUAAGCGUCUUUAAUUUACCCGAUCAAUGGCUUCAUAUUUUUGGUGACUUUUUUUGUGGCCAUCCAGGUCGUCGAUUUUUUUGGCUUUUCUGGUUGUACAUGUCCAUUUUUGGUGAAGUUUUGCGACAUUUUUGGAUAUAUUUAGUUAAAAAGGGCCAUUUAAAGACACUUAGAUUGUACGAUACAUUGUACACAAAAGGGUUUAGAAGUCAAGUUUUACUUAUGAGUCCAUUUUAUUGUUUAAAGUUUCGUUUUGUGGCCAACAAUCUAGCAAUUUGGUGGAUCAAAGUGAUUGCUCUUUUAACAAUUAGUCUUGCUCCAAUUUUAGUAUUUAUUAGUGAAUCAGUAUCUCAACUACCGAAAACACCUCAACAAUUCAUUUACACUUAUUGUUGGCUUUUUGUCACUUAUCUUGGACUUGUUUGUGCCUUGAUCAACCUCAUGUUAACCGGAGGUUUGGUUACAAUUCAUUUGGCUUACUUUUACUUUAAAGCUGUUCAUGUAGCUGAGAAUGUGGAACGUUUUGCCAGGAAAAGAAGAAGCUCGCAUAAAGUUGACUACUUGCUCAUGUACAAAGCUACUAUUCGUGAGGUUAUUCAAUAUCAGAAUGAAAUCGAGCAUCUCAACGUUCGCUUUAGAAACUGGCUCAUAUUUCUUUACCUUGGAAUGUCUUUUACUUCAGAUUUUGGUGUUUACAUUGCAGCUGUUGUUCACAUUGAUCAUAACUAUUUAGAUGUUUUUCUCGCAAUUGUUGCUCUAAAUGGUUUCAUAUCAAUUGGAAUUUGUUCGUAUGUCAAUGGAAUUGUACUGACAAAGGUAAAAAUCAAUUUCACUUAUCUUUUGAUCAUUCAAUUAGUCAUGAUUGAGUUUGAUCAUUUUACUUUUAGAUGAGCUCUUAUUGUAAAAACCUAAGGAAAGGAAACUGAUAUACAGGAUCGACUCGUAAGGACUGAUAUUGCUUUUACUAUCGGACAAUUCCUGGAUAUGACAACUGAAAUAUUCGUCAUUGUAAGUAUCAACUUCUUGCCUUAGAUGAACCAUAAUAACUGAAUUUUACCUUUCUAUUUACAGUAUUUGAUUGAAAAUAUUUCUCUUAUUAUGAUGUUUACAGUAAACUUUCAAUAAACUUCACUUGAUAAAUAACCGUUGUGUUCAUUUUAGAGUUAAUAAUUUGUAUUUUUUUCAAAAGCUAAUAAAGCCUCAGUAACCGGUAAGAUCUUUAAACAUUGUAUCUUGAUAUUUUAAUCAAUCAGAU